AAAAAAACAAGCUGCGAAGUCUCAGGAACCUACUCAAGAAAUCAUGGAACCUGAAAUAGAAAAACCGUCAAUUGACGAAAUCAAUAUUUCGAAAAAAAAUAAAAAAUCGAAAUAUCAAGAUAAAACGUUUAAACUUUUAAUUCAAAAUUUAUUGACCGACAACUUUCCUAAAGAACAAGAAAAAUUCACUUUGUAUAUUAAAGAACAAGGAAAAAUUAAUUUUCACUUAUUCUGUCAAAGAACAAGAAAAUUAGACUGUCUAAAAGAACAAGAAAAUUUAGUCCGUCUAAAAGAUCGAUAUUCUUCAAAGCAUUCCUUCACUGAUGCAAACGUCACUUGGGAUCCUGUACCAAAUGAUUGUGAUAUUAGUGAGUCAUCCAAUUCAAGUGAUAAUUAUUAUUUGCCGGGUAAAUUAGUAAACCCUUCCGAGUUUCAUAAAAAAAUUUGUAAAACGUGUAUCGUUAAACAAAUUUCUAAGCCACAGGCCAUUCAAUCUCCUAAUUCAAGAAUUCAAAAAUCGCGCACAACUGAACUUUCGCGAAAAUCGAAUGUUAUCGAUGAACUUUUAUUUGUAUUUGGUUAUCGAGCAAAUAAAAUGUUGCAAGCUAAUUUAUCAGAACUUAUUCAUUCAUCACAGUGCUGUGAAAAUCCAGUGCUGCCUAGUUCGGAUAAUUAUGAGAUUCUACCACAAUCUCAAUUAAUUGAUUAUUUCGCGUCAAACUUUCGCAAUAAUGCAAGCAUUGCAAAGCAAUUACAAGUCUUUUGA